CCACAAACUAAACACAAAGGAACGAGUCCACUGAAGCAGACAUCAUUUCCUGCUACACUGUUCAACACCGGUCAAUGUAGGACAAGGCCUGUGUCCAACUCUCCCUUAUUUUAUUCCCACAUCACUACCUUGCUUAUGCUUGCUGCCCUACCCUCUCUACCUUCUCUUCAUAUCAUUUUUGCCCUCCUUCCUCCCCCCUUUCCUGCUCCUAGCUACUACCUGCACAAACACUAUUGAUCAGCUGGAUGAGAUCCAGCCAUGGUGGAUUAGUGAGAGACUGAUUGGUGCAUGGUAGCUUAGUACACAAGAUGGUAGCUAGAGAAGAGCAAGCGAUGACGAGAGAGGUCAAAGGUAAGGGGUUACUAGUUGACAUCCUUGAUGACCACGAGGAGGUAUCAAUCGAUAACAGCAAGCUGCUAGACCUCAACGAGGGUUUCGAUGUGGAGGAUGAAGGAGGGGAAGCUGCAGGCGAUGACGAGGACGAGGAAGACGAAGGUGAGGAGGGCGACGAUGGUGGUAGCACCACCGAUGUUGGUGGGAGUGCCAGCUCAAGCAACAAUAGGAGCAGCAACAACAACAAUUCGGAGAGCGAAAAGGCGGACGCCAAGGGAGGCAGCAAGUCAGAGGUGAGCGGUGAGCAGAGGGUUCCGUCGGUGCGGCAGUACAACCGGUCGAAGCUGCCACGGCUCCGGUGGACUCCUGACCUCCACAUGGCCUUCGUCCAUGCCGUUGAGAGGCUCGGUGGGCAAGAGAGAGCGACUCCUAAGCUGGUGCUUCAGAUGAUGAAUGUCCGGGGCCUCAGCAUUGCUCAUGUAAAAAGCCACCUGCAGAUGUACAGAAGCAAGAAGCUAGACCAAGAUGGCCGCCCGAGGGGAGCAGUUUCCUCAGUGUAUUCUCCAAUGGAUUUCCAUUUCAUGAGAGCUGAUCAUCGGCGCUUCCACAACAUGUCCUUCUUCCAAAGAGCAGCAGCCUCGGCCUCCUCCUCCGGCGGGCAGGAACGCGGCGGCUUCUUCGCGUCGAGGAACUUCAGCACUCCGGAGUUGAGCCGGCUCUAUGGACUCCUCCACCAUCGCCCGGCUCCGACCCAAACUUUCGACUUCAGAAAUUCCAGUUUCAGAAAUCAUGAGUGGCCGUGGGCCGCGUCGUCGAAUCAGCAGGAGGCGAUGACAAUCUCCAGGAAGCACGUUGUCAUGCCACCCUCGACAUCGCCGCAGACACACGCAUCGCUUGCAUCUUCCGCAGCGCUGAGGAGCGAUCGGCGGUGGUGGCCUUUCACUGAGGCCGGCGCUGCUGUCGCCGCCGGCGAGCACAGGGCAGGGACAGGAGUUACCAGUGUAAAAUUCGACAACUGCGUCGGGAGCAGCUCUCGGCCACUUCCGUUGCCCAUGUCGCCGGCCGUGUGCGGAGAUCGUCGUCUUCCGUUCAGAUGGCGGCACGGGGGAAGCAGUAGGGACGUAGUCGUCGGCUACCCGGGUAGCAGCUCCAUGGUCGCAAAAAGAUCGUCGUCGGAUCCCGUCGUCAUCGACGAUGGGCAUCAACUCGAGCGGCAGAAUUCGAAGCACGUUGUAGAACCAACAAGGGCCUCCACAGCCACUCCGGCAGAGGAGGACGAGGCGUGCCUCAAGCGGCGGCCAUCGUCGCCGGUGGAGGCCCAAGAUGCGACGACGACGACGUUGGACCUACAGCUCAGCUUGUCCCCUACCACGGCGUCGGCCAAGAAGAGAAAGACCAGCGGGUCCUUCUUCAUGGACGACACCAGCUGCGAGUUCUCGACCUCCCUCUCGCUGUCGCCACCCGUCGCCGCCCCUGCAGUUUCCACGCAGCAGCGGCAGGAAAAGACGAGACGAAGCAGCGACGACAACGGCGGAGGCGGAGGCGUUCUUGGGCAGAGUACUUUGGAUCUGACCAUGUCGAUCAGGGCAUUGGAGUGAGAUCUUUCAAGUACUUUGGCCCACCAAGGCCUUCCAAAACUUGCACACUGCGCCAUGCAAUAAGAAUCGUUAAUUUAAACCCCCCCCCCCCCCCCCCCCCCUCUCCUUGUCACAGUACAUACUAGAUAUAUCAUAUGUGGAUGUCGUGCUUGGUUAUUGUGUCCGGGAAGACCACUGAUGCAUGCCUCUCUCUCUCUAUAUUUGGUCCUUAUGUAAGCAUGUCCACAUGCAUGAUCGAUAUCCCUAGCUGCAUUUGUUCAUUUCUGACAGCAUCUUUGGGAAACAAAACCACAGAUCGCAAGAUUACACAACAAUUUUAAUCUAAUCAGUACGUAUGUAUGUAGUACAUGUUGUUAUUAUGCAUGCAUUUGAGUGUUUGAAAGUA